AUGCAAUGACCGUUCAUCGUCCAAAUAAUGUCCAUUCAGCAGUUCAAAGGCUCAAUCGUCCCCCUUCCUCUACUGGUAGGCCAAAAACAACAACAGCUUCUUCAACUUCACUAAAUGUCUCUCAAAUUUCUUCUCAAUCAACAAGUAGUAGCUCAGGGAAUGAAUGUGUUAAAGUUGUUGUUAGGUCUGUCUUAAGACAAUAUUAUCUAGCUAUUCGCUCAAUUUUACCAAAUCCCACUUCACUUUUUGUAAUUUUAUCAUCCCACAUAUCCUACGUUCCUUCUGAUACUUCCAACCUUAAGCACUCUCUUCCUUCAGGGAUCAGGAAAUGCCGACCUCUUUCUUCAUCCGAACAAGCUCAAGGGCACAAUUGUUGUGUUAACGUCGACUCCAAAAGUGGCAUUAUCGAAUUAACAAACCCUCAAUGUCCCGACGAACCAGCAAAAUGUUUUUCCUUCGAUUCUGCCUUUGAUUUAAAUUCCAAACAAUUGGAUGUUUACGAUGAGGCUGUUAGACCAAUUGUUGAUUCGGUACUUCAAGGAUUUAAUGGCACUGUCUUUGCUUAUGGUCAAACUGGGACGGGGAAAACAUACACGAUGGAAGGGCCGAGCGGAAUUGGAAAGAACAUUGCUUCAGAACAAAGAGGUGUCAUUCCCAACUCCAUAGAUCAAAUAUUCCAACAUAUUGCUCAAUCACCCCCUUCCCUUCAAUAUCUAGUACGUGCCUCUUUUUUGGAAAUAUAUCAGGAAGAAAUUCGCGAUCUUCUAGACAAAAGUGGGGGAACUGGAAAACGCUUAGAAUUGAAAGAAAGGCCGGAUGUAGGUGUUUAUGUACGCGAUUUGAGUUCAUUUGUUACUCAAAGCGUUGAAGAGAUUGAACAUGUAUUAAAAGUUGGUCAUUCUAAUCGAAGCGUUGGAAGAACCAACAUGAAUGAACACAGCUCUAGAUCACAUGCCAUUCUUGUUUUGACUGUGGAAAGCUCUGAAAUUGGGCCGGAUGGGCAGCCACAUAUUCGAGUGAAUUUUUUAAAAAUAUUUUUAAAAGGUGUCCGAGAUUUUGACUUAUGGAGAAGGGGCUUGACUAUUUCUUGUCAAGAAUUAAUGGACAAAAUUGAAACAAUAAUUCCAUAGGACAUCGAGACAUAUACCAGGGCAGUUUC